AUGUCAAUACAUCAUGGCGUCUCUUGCGACUUAUGUCGAAAAAUAAACUUUUCUGAUCGUCGCUAUAAAUGUUUAAUAUGCAAUGAUUUUGAUUUAUGUUCAGUUUGUUAUGAUAAAAAACAAAAUCUAACAGCAAUUCAAACACAUUCUAUUAAUCACUCCAUGCAAAUUAUUAUAGCAAAGCAUGAUUUCGAGCAUAUUUAUUUUGGAUUUAAACAUAGCCAGUAUUCUCUCCUACUAUCACUAACAUGUCCUUAUUGUAAUCAGAAUGGUUUUACAUUAAAUCUUUUAAAUCAACAUAUACUAGAUCGGCACAAUAUAUCACUUUAUUCUGUCUUAUGUCCUAUUUGUUUCAUUCGGCAAAAUAAUCUUUGUCAACAUUUAGAUCAACAUUUAGAUGAAAAUAUUAAUUUAAAAAAUAAAACACUUAAACCUUUAAAUUUAAAUGAAAAGCAAGUCAAAUCUACUCAAGAACCUUUAUUAGAAAAAUUGAUGAGUAAUAACUAUCGGAAUAGAAAUGAAAAUGAACAACGAAAUCUAUUUGUUUAUUCUUUACUUACGGAUAUAUUAGGCCAAUAA